AUGGCCACCAGGACACAGCAACUCGUCCCAAUGGCCCAGCUGCUCGGGCUAUCUGGCGCUUCAGCACUCUCUGGUAAGCUGCGCCAAUCCUAUUGCAAAUUCAAGAGGACACAGCUGACAUCUGCAAAGCGUACAUCGCAUCCUUCAGCUUCAUCGGCGUUGAGGCCAGCAAGAUGGCGCCAAUCGAUCUUCAGGCGAAGCAGUGGUCUCACAUGUAUCACAUUGGCAAGCAAUCCGUCCCACCGCUGGCUCUCUGCUGCUCGGCUAUCUUUGGGUUUUUGGCGUACUCCAGUAAGCUCUCUGCCUUUUGAGUCGGAGUCAUCCCUGUGAUCUUGCUUGGGAAACUGAUCGUUGUCAAAGCACGUGACCUUACAGGCAGGUUUGGAGUCUCUCCUGCAGCUCUCUACGCUUCAGCUGCGGUCUUGGCUCCUUGUGUUGCUCCCUACACCUUCACAGUGAUGUGGAGUGGAGUUCAAGCGCUGGAAGCGAAGGCUGCUGGAGCUGGCAAUGCGCCGAGUGAUGCUAAGACGAAGGACCUUGUGAAGGUCUGGAGUGGACAGAAUUUGAACCGCGCUUUGAUUGUAUUGGCCGCGGCCGCCUUGAGUGCAGUUGCCGCUAUUUCGUAG